AUGGCAAAUGAAAUUUUUAUAUCAUUUUCAAAGAUUUUAUAUUCAAGUUUAUUAAUAACAUCUCCUUAUUGGAUGUGGAAAUUAGUUGGAAAAUUAACUUAUUUAAAGGAUACAAUCUCUCAAACUAUUUGUAUUACUUGUAUUUUAGGUUCCCCAAUUUCUUUAAUCUAUACAUUGUAUAGACAAUUAAUUAAUUAUGAUAAAACUAUUGGUACAGCAUUAAUUCCAAUUAUUCCAUUCUUCACUUUUUUUUCAACACGUUUUAUUCAUAAUAAAUUACAAAAAGGAUCAAAUAGACAAAGAUAG